AAAAAAAAAAAAAAAAAAAGCAUCUUAAAGCUUCUUCUUCUUCUUUUGGGUUUUUUGAACGGAGGAAUAAUUCAGCACAGCAGCAGUGAUGAAGCUGAAAUAUUGAGAUUUGAAAAUAGUUUGCUGCCUGCACAUCACUGUGGAUGGCUGAACCUCGCUUUAACAGUCCCUAUUUUUGGCCUCCGCCUACUGCUAUGCCUGGCCAGCUGGAUAACCUAGUCUUGAUCAAUAAAAUCAAGGAGCAGCUGAUGGCAGAGAAGAUCCGACCACCCCAUAUGCCCCCUGCCUCAGCCCCUUCCCAACAGCCUCUACUGGCUCCCACCAGCCAGGCGGAUGGCGUCCAGCACGGGAUGUCCAAAGCCCAGCAGAUGCCGAUUCUCCACAGCCACAGCCCUUCUCAGCCUGACAUCGCCCUGCACGCCCGUCCCGCCUCCAGCUCAGUCACAGGUCGUAUUCUGGGGGAUGUGAAUCUGAAUCUGGACGAAAAGGCAGCUAUAAAAGCCAGAGGAUUAUGGGAAGACUGGCAUCUGCGUCAACUUAUAGACCAUCCUUCCAGGACAAACCAUGUCUCAGGAGUCGCACUGGCAUCCAGAACAGGCAACCUCAACACCUCAGAGAUCAUCACCCCGACCACACCCACCUCAAGUAGCCACAGUCGGCUGGGAGGAGCCCCAACACCACACUUCAUCUCAGGGUUAGCCUGCGGUCACGGGAUGGAGCCUGGGAAAAACAACGGUGGCCUUGUUGGACUCCUAGGCCCUCCUCCAAAGGAGGAACGAGGCCGUAAGAAGAUCAAAGCGGAGAAUGGGUCUUCUCUUUUGGUGGUGCCCUACCCAAUUUUAGCCUCAGGCAAUGACUGUGUCACCAUCACUGCCAAAGAGGGUAAAACAUACAGGUGUAAAGUUUGUCCCCUGACCUUCUUCUCCAAGUCAGACAUGCAGAUUCACUCCAAAACGCACACAGAGGCAAAGGCUCACAAGUGUCCUCACUGCACUAAGACCUUUGCGAACGCAUCAUAUCUGGCCCAGCACCUGCGCAUACACCUGAACGUCAAACCUUACCGCUGCUCCUACUGUGAGAAAUGUUUUCGCCAGCUUUCCCAUCUGCAGCAGCACACCAGAAUCCAUACAGGGGAUCGGCCAUACAAAUGCGCCCAUCCCGGAUGUGAAAAGGCUUUUACACAGCUGUCUAAUCUGCAGUCUCACCAGAGGCAGCACAACAAAGACAAGCCCUUCAAAUGUUCCAACUGUUACCGUGCCUAUUCAGACUCUGCCUCGCUGCAGAUCCACAUGUCUGCACACGCUAUCAAAAACGCCAAGGCCUACUGCUGCAGCAUGUGCGGCAGAGCGUACACCUCUGAGACGUACCUCAUGAAGCACAUGUCCAAACAUACAAUGGUGAACCAUUUGAUUUCCCAUCACUCCCCUCAGCACAGGACAGAGUCUCCUACCAUCCCUAUACGGAUCGCCCUCAUCUGAGCUCAACACCCCGUCUCCUGCCCUCCCAUUAGAGACGUUUCCUGUGAUAUCUGCGCUCAUCUGUUGGACUUUGGACCCAUUAACGGGUUUUAAAAAAUGUGCCAGAUUGUACAAGAAUCUUGUGAAGAGGUGCUCUUUUGACGAGUAUAUCCUCAUUUCCUUUUUUUUUUUUUUUUUUUUUGCUGACCAGAUAAGUAUUAUCGGGGACAUCCAAAGAUGACUUCUCAGCACUUUCAGGCCUGGAAAUGACUGGCCUAAAAAAAAAUUCUUUUUCUAUGUGACUUCACAGAAAAAAAAAAUGCUCCAGGCAGCUACAUGGAAAAACUUUUUGUGUUACAAGAGAUUACAUUGUCCUUUUUUAUAUGGUCCUUUUACUUUCUUUACUCAAGUCUUUGCAAAACAAAACAUAUAUUUGCAUCAGAAAUAGUCUUCCGUUAGCUGGGUUGCCAAGUGAACAUAAAGGUGAAUGCUUAUAUAAAGUGUAUUCAUGUAUAUCGUGCCACUUUUUAUGUCAGUGUUUGUAAUGUUUCACCGAUCACGUGGCUAUAACACGCACAUUAAUUGUUUUGUUACAGUCAUAUUCAAUGAACUUCCUCUCCCCCUGAUGUGUGACUCAUAAUUAUAUGGACACAUUUUAUUUUAUUUCUAUAGUUUGUAAUGUUAUAAAAUAUGCUCAAAGCAGUCCAAAUAGCCCACAAGCCACUAAAGUUGAACUAAAACUUUUAACUGAUGCAAUGAAGAUGAGGACGUCCGCUUUCAGGUGUUGUGAGUAGAAAGAAAAACCCCUGAAAAUAUAAUUUAUAUUGACAUAUCUACGAAUAUGAUGUUAAUAUUAGGUCGAAUGAUGCUCUCAGCCAAAAGACUGAAGACCAGACCUCCACUCUGCUGCUGCUGCCACACAGACAGAUGAGCUCCUGUAUUAGGAAACAUUAAUGGGUUAUUAAUGUUUUUCAGCUCUAAUAUGUAACUAAGGCAUCACACGUCUUUGAAUACUCAUUUUGCCAUUGUUUUAUGAAUGAACACUUUCCAUUUUAUAUGCAUUUAAGCCUUAACUUUGUUACAACUCUAAGGUCCACCCUUGUGUUACAUUUUUUUUGUCAUAGCAUGAUGUAUACUGUAAAUAAACUAUAUUAACUGUCAACCCGUUUUAUAAUAAAUGAUUCUAUAAUUACU